AGAGAUUGGUGCUUGCCCAGCCAACGUUUGUUUUUGAAAAGAAGGACCGUUCUCUCAAGCGCCCUGCAGAAGACCCAGUUUGCAAAGCUGAAAAUGAUUUCGUUAGCUGUUCCAGAAAACGCACAAGAUCAUCAUCUUUUACUCACCAGAAGUCUGACUCUCAGUUUAAGACAGUAAAGAAGAAUAACAUAUUCAUGACCUCAGCUCUUCUUCAAAGAAACCCUGAUCUGAUCAGCAGUACAAAACAAGGAUCCUUGUCACGAAAUCAAUUGCAGAAUGUCAUUAGACCUGCCAUUUUACAACCCCCACAAGCCCUGACCUGUCCUGAAAAUCCUGUAGUAUCUCUUGUGACUGAGAAAGAAGCACAUAUUCAGCUAUCUGAAGACAGCUCCUACUCUUAUGCUGAGAAUUUAGUAAAUUUCAAAACAGCAGCAGGAUCAUCUACUACUGUGAAUCUUUCUAGCUCUAAAUCAGCACCAAGUCAGUUGUUUGAAGACAGAAGUGUACAAAACAUCCACAAUUCUGAUUUUGUGUUUGGAGAAAACAUGGUGGAGAGAGUUUUGAGUCCUGAGAGGCAUCCCAAGAUACGUAACAAAGCCAAUACAUACAAAGAAGAAAUAACAUCCACAUACAUAGAAUCUUGUCACGUCAGUCCACCAACAAAAAUACCCCUGUUGAAGAACGCAACACUAAUUGAAUCAGCAGCUGCUUGUGUUUCCAAGCCAGUGGAGAAAAUUCUGUUUGAUAAAGUUAAAGUUAUAACUGGAGAAGAAGCAGAACACAACGUAUUACAGAUCAACUGCAAGCUCUUCGUAUUUAAUAAGCUUUCUUUAACUUGGAUUGAAAGAGGCAGAGGCUCCCUGAGGCUUAAUGACACUUCUAGCAGUAAACAUGGGAUGCUGCAGUCAAGGCUAAUUAUGCGAAAUCAAGGCAGUUUGAGACUGAUUCUCAACACCCGACUCUGGGAACAAAUGGUUAUAAAAAGAGCAAACAGAAAGAGCCUGUGCUUCACUGCAACAACCCAAGAGGACCACUCUGUUCAAGUAUUUCUAAUUCAGGCAAGCUCAAAAGACGCUGGAUACCUGUAUGCAGCAAUUCAUCACCGCCUUGUGGCACUGCGAAGCUCUGCUGAGCAAGAGCCAGAUGCUUAUCAAAUAGACACAGAGUCAGAAACUGCCUUUCAGCCAUUAAACAGUGAUGAUGAAGAUGAUGAAAAAGCAACUCAAGUGAGCAGCAAUGGAUCUGAUCAUUCUAGAUGGAACCACAGGCAGUCAGUAGCCUGCUCAUGA